AUGAGCAAAACACAUCCACCUGAACUAAAAAAAUAUAUGGACAAACAAGUUGACCUGAAACUAAAUGGCAACAGAAGUGUCUCUGGUGUACUUCGAGGUUUCGAUCCGUUUAUGAAUAUUGUUGUUGAAGAUGCUGUUGAAAAUAUGAAGAGUGGUGAGAAGAAUGAAAUCGGGAUGGUUGUUAUACGUGGCAAUUCAAUAAUUAUCAUGGAGCCUAAAGAACGGCUAGAUCAGAGAUAA